AUGAGGACUCUGUUGGCCUCGGCUGAUGAUGGUCGCUGGAUGAUCGUCUGGGACCUCGUCAAGGCUGGGGUAGCUCUCGCCCCUGCCGAGGAUGAUGCUGUGACAGGGGAGGUGAUGUCCAAGUUCGUGGAGCCUCUGUCCGCUACUAAGUUGCCUCAAAGAGUUGCCUGUUGUAAGCUGUUGGCUGAUAGUCUAGCAGUAUCAUGUGGUCGUCGAUGGGACUCAGGAGGAGAGGAUCAAGGCCUCGCUGAUCUUAUCGUGUGGGGACUACCUCGGACGGAAUCGUGUAAAGAGGCGAAGGUCUUGGCAACGGCAAACCUGCAGCUUCCGGAGAGACCGGUCGCUGAUGUUGAUAUCGAAAUU